GCCUCUCGCCAAAUGGACGGGCAGCAGCGGCGGCGGCGGCUGGCAGCGCAAAACUGCCGUAUUUGGGCUGAAAAGUGAAACAUUCCCGACGCAAACACCGGGAUUAUCGAUGAUCGGCGCUCACCCGCGGGGGAAAAGCUGCCAAGCGCAAGCAGCGACCCGCUCCGCGCGAGUGUGUGUGUGUGUGUGUGUGUGUGUGUUACCGAUCCGAACCGCGCCGAUAUCGGUCCGGUUACCGGGAGGAGGCCGUGUGUGUGUGUGUGAGUGAGUGAGUGAAUGUGUGUUUAAGUGUAGGGUUAGAUGCACUGACACACACACACACACACACACACACACCGCUGGUUGUUGUUGUUGUAAAGUUAUCGGUCCGGUCCAUCCUGCGGUGAUCCGGGUCUCUGCAGAAACAGCGCGCGUUUGUAUGGAUAUGUGACGCGGACUCGCUCCGGGAUCAGGAUGGAGAAAGCGCAGAAAAACAGCCCUCUGGUCAGAGAUCUGACCCGAGCCUUUAGCCACUUCAACAAACACAACGUGUUCCUGAAGAAGAACCUGAAGGAGACCCUCACCUUCUUCCGCGAGAUCCGACAGAACCACAGCAACACCUGCAGCAGCACACCUGGAGCUCUGGACACAGGUCAGCUCAGCUGUAUCUCGCUCCCGCGUCACGAGGAGGACUAUCUGCAGAAUGUGGUCGGUAGCGCCCCCUACAUCCUCAUCCUGGGCCAGGACUGUUCAGCCCGAUACCAGCUGCUCAACUGCCUGCUGGGAGAGAGGCUCCUCCCCCUGGGCUCGGAGGUGGGAGGGGCCUGUGGGCUGGAGGGCGGGGCCUGCAGGCGGAGGAAGCUGUGCUUCACGCACGGCCGUCAGACACGCUUGAGCCUGGCGCUGCCGGGGCAGUAUGAGCUGGUGCAUCAGCUGGCGGCUCACUGCGGACGCUGGGACACGGUGCCAUGCGAGGAUCUGGAGAUCCAGGAGUGCGAGGAUCCCGCGCAGCGAUUGGCCGAGCUGGAGGUCACGCUCCAUCACGCGCUGCUGCAGGAGGUGAAGAUCAUGGUGCUCCCGUGCAGCGGCGUGCAGCCGGUGGAGGAGGCUCUGGAGGACUGCAAGCGCGGCAUCCUUCCCAUCAUCCUCUACGCCAUCAGUAAAGACGCGCUGAGUGCCGAGCAGGUGAGCGACCUGCAGAAGGUGCGUGAGAUGCUGCCGUUCCCCGUCUGCUUCGUCCGGGCCCCCAGCGGCCCCUCGGACCCCGGGGCCCUCCACAGGCAGCUGCUGUCCCUGGAGCUCGUGGGCGCAGCGGCGGGAAACUGCGCCUGCGGGGCUCCUGCGCAGACGCAGAGCAUUCUGGGAGAGAGUCUGGAGCGUCUGCAGCGUGUGCUGGGGCCCUUCACUCGACAGCUGCUGCAGAACCAACAGGUGGAGGCCGCGACGCUGCUGAACGCCGUCCAAUGCCGCUGCCUCGACCUAUUCAUCAACCAGGCGUUCGACAUGCAGAGGGAUCUUCAGAUCACGCCGCGGCGGCUGGAGUACACUCGAGAGAAGGAGGGAGAGCUCUUCAGCUCUCUGAUGGCCAUCGCCAACCGCAAGCAAGAGGAGAUGAAGGACAUGAUCGUGGAGACGCUGAGCGGCAUGAAGGAGCAGCUGCUGGAGGACGCCGCCAACCUGCACUUCUCCGUGUUUCAGCCGCGCAAAGACGGUCACGGCUUUAUCCUGAAUGCGGCGUAUAACGUGGAGGUGACCUUCCACUCAGGCUCCUCCGUCACCAGGCUCUUCUGGGAGCAGAUCAAGCAGAUCAUCCACCGCAUCACGUGGGUCAAUCCUCCGUCCGUCUCGGCCGAGUGGAAGCGCAAGGUCGCGCAGGACGCCAUCGAGAGCCUGAGCGCCGCCAAACUGGCCAAGAGCAUCUGCUCUCAGUUCAGGACCAGACUCAACAGCUCCCACGAGGCCUUCGCCGCCUCGCUCCGACAGGUGAUUCUGCAGCGCGUACUCCUUCUAGGUGCAUUAGCAGACUCUGCACUUUAAUCAGAUCUUAAAAGCCGAUCACUGCGAGACAUUCUGCUGCACGGAAAGCCGAAGAUGGGCCGUGAGCUGGGCCGUGGUCAGUACGGUGUGGUGUAUCUGUGUGAUAGCUGGGGUGGACGUCACCCGUGUGCCCUAAAGUCAGUCGUUCCUCCUGACGACAAGCACUGGAACGACCUCGCGCUGGAGUUCCACUACACACGGUCUCUGCCUAAACACGAUCGUUUAGUGAAUCUCCACGGGUCGGUUAUCGAUCACUCGUACAGCGGCGGCUCGAGUAUCGCGGUUCUGCUGAUCAUGGAGCGAUUACACAGAGACCUCUACACGGGACUGAAGGCCGGUCUGUCUCUGAAGGAGCGUCUUCAGAUCGCUCUGGACGUGGUGGAGGGGAUCCGGUUCCUGCACAGUCAGGGUCUCCUACACCGCGACAUCAAGCUGAAGAACGUUCUGUUGGACAGACAGAACCGGGCGAAGAUCACUGACCUGGGCUUCUGUAAACCCGAGGCCAUGAUAUCCGGCAGUAUCGUAGGGACGCCCAUCCACAUGGCACCGGAACUCUUCACAGGAAAGUACGAUAACUCCGUCGACGUGUACGCGUUUGGGAUCCUCUUCUGGUAUCUCUGCUCCGGCUCCGUCAAACUCCCAGAAGCCUUUGAGAAAUGCUCCAGUAAAGACCAGCUGUGGACCAACGUCAAGAAAGGCUCGCGGCCGGAACGUUUGGCCACGUUUGACGAGGAGUGCUGGCAGCUGAUGGAGGCCUGCUGGAACAGAGACCCUUCCCAGAGACCCCUGCUGGGCAUCGUCCAGCCCAGCCUGCAAAGCAUCAUGGACCGCCUGUGCGACAAUUCUGACCAAAAGAGCGGCAACCUGGAGGACUCGAACUGACAUCAUUUCCCUGCAUGCUCCUCUUGAGACGCUAAAGGAAAGCAGCUCUCGUUUUGUGUGUAAAAAAUGGACGAAUGUUGCUUGUCUGCCUCUGAACAAACCUGAUCACGCGUGUCAUAUUCAGCGCUGCUCGUCACGGAUCCUCUAGAACAGAGUUUUACAUGUAGUCGAGUUUGUGUUACAGAUGAACCGCUGAUUUUUAGAUGGUGUUUAAACUGUUUACAUUAUCCUGAGAUUACAUU